AUGUUGGGAGGUAUAAGAGUUCCCACGACAACCUCAACAGCUGUCUACAAUGGUGCUAAGAAAUCAGAAAAUUCUUUUACACACUGUAUACAUUCAGACAUCUGUGCCUCGGUGCACUUACUUUCAACUACAGAAGUUUUCAAAUACAUAAACCUCAAAAUCAAGAACCUACUACCCGAAACGCUUCAACCUUCAAUUUACAAUGUCUAG